GGGCGCGGAGCCCCAGUGCUCUGCUCCCUUUAGGGAGUCUAAGGUCUGUCUGUUUGGAUCGCGGUGACAGACGCUCUGCCGCAAUGGGGUCUUGGAUUAAGGGUCAGAGCUGCCUAACGGCCGGGUUGCUGCAGAACCAAGUGGCCGUGGUUACCGGCGGGGCCACGGGCAUCGGAAAAACCAUCUCCCGGGAGCUCCUGCACCUGGGGUGUAAUGUGGUCAUUGCUUCCCGGAAGCUGGACAGAUUAAACGCUGCUGCAGAUGAGCUAAGAAAGUCCCUGCCUCCCUCCAGCCGUGCUCAGGUCACUGCCAUACAGUGCAACAUCAGGAAAGAGGAAGAGGUGAACAAUUUGGUCAGAUCUACCUUAGCUAAGCAUGGUAAGAUCAACUUCUUGGUAAACAACGGAGGAGGCCAGUUCCUGUCUCCUAUUGAAGACAUCAGUGCAAAGGGAUGGCAAGCUGUGAUUGAAACCAACCUGACAGGCACUUUCUACAUGUGUAAAGCAGUUUACAAUUCCUGGAUGAAAGACCAUGGAGGAUCAAUUGUCAAUAUCAUCAUCCUUACUAGCAAUGGGUUCCCAGCAGCCUCGCACUCCGGAGCUGCAAGGGAAGGCGUUUACAACCUCACCAAAUCCAUGGCUCUGGCAUGGGCCAAAAGUGGAAUAAGGAUCAACUGUGUUGCUCCUGGAGUCAUUUAUUCCCAGACUGCUGUUGACAACUACGGUGAAUUGGGACAAAGCAUGUUUGAAAUGGCCUUUAACAACAUCCCAGCUAAACGCAUCGGAAUCCCCGAGGAGGUCUCCUCUGUAGUGUGCUUCCUGCUGUCCCCUGCAGCUUCCUUCAUCACUGGACAACUGGUCAAUGUGGACGGGGGCCAGUCUUUGUAUACUCAUUCCUUCGAUAUACCAGGCCAGAAGAGUGGACCAGACCUCAUUACAGAUGGUUAUGAGCUACCAUGUGGUUUCCAGGAAUUGAACUCAAGACCUUUGAAAGAGCAGGCAAUGCUCUUAAGCACUGAGCCAUCUCUCCAGCCCACUGAAGCACUUUUAAAUUGGAGGUUUUGUCAGUCACUUGGGUCAAUGAUGGAGGAAGACAAUUCCAAAAUGGUUUAUUCCAAGCCAAUUCUCAAAUACAAGCUUUGGGAACAAACUUAGCAUGGAGUCUGGAAG